AUGCGUCGCUCCAAGAUACUGUUCUCUCUGGCAGCUCAUGCCCUAUGCAUAUCUAUCGUCAUUGCAGGCCCCGGACGAUCCCGUUCUCAGUUCAGACGAUUCUUUCCGACUGUGCAGCACUACUCUAGUCCGCGCUUUCAUGAACAGUGCCCUGAGCAGUUUGCAAAUUACUUCAACGAGAGCCUUCCUGAUCCAGCCGGGUCGCAUCAGUGGUCGACCGAGUUGAUGGGUUGUAUUCUGGACGCCUAUGGAGAGGUCAACAAGGCAAACAUGGCUGUGACGGCCAUCCUGUUGGCGCUGCUACCCGCGGGUCUCGUUCAGUUCGGACCCAGCAUGGCCGAGAUCAGUCUCCUCAGCACCCGAAGGCCGUUUCUCGCCACGUUCCUGGGCUUUGGAUUAAUGUCACCAAACCCAACCGAGUUCGAGUUCGAGGCCAUUCUGGAGAAAGCAAGCAACGGCGGCGCACCGCUCAUCCCGAUGAGGGCCCUAGACGGGGGAUCCUUCAUUGCCAAGGUUCUCGUGUCUGCUAUCGAGUAUGCCAUCGCGAUGGGAGCGACGGCAAACUACUUCUACCAACUCUACCGGCUAACAUAUUGGGCCAUAUCCCUGGCCCCGAUGUGUGUCUACCUCCCUGGCGUACCGGAAACGGCCACGCUAUUUGGGUGGGCCGUUCUCAACUUGCCACUUUACCUACUCAGUUUUGUGGUCUUUGCCUUGGCCUUUCGUCAUGCUGCACCUCAAUCAGGCUACAACCGAAGGGGAAACCGCGUGGCCGAGAUUAUCACUGCUGAGCUGACUCCCUGCGGUCAAGGCCGUGACUUGAGGCUUCGGCGUCGACAAAAUUGGCAAGUGUUGCAGCGCCUUCUCGGAACCGUCGUCCGACUGAUUGCCGGGCUUCACAUCAUCCUCGGCACUGUUCUUAUUGGCAGCAUUGUUCUUAUACCCUUGGCCGACUCUCUGCCGGUGAUCUACACCUUUGUAUUCGCGGCUAUUUUGACUCGAGCUGUAUUGAGCUAUGAACUGAAUGGCCUGGCGAUAAAGACAAGCCUAGAGUCAGAGAGUGCAGACAAGAUCGAAACCCAAGGCACACAACCCUAUGUGUAUGAGACACAUACUCUUGAACCAAAACGAUACGAAGGUCUAAGGCAGUCUGAUUGA